AUGGCGAAUUCAACGCCCCUCCUCUCACAAACUGAGUCGCCGGAGUCAGGAGUUCUGAACAGCGACGAGGUCAGCCUCCAAACCCUGGACGAGACGAUCGAGUGGUGCGUCGAGGGGUUCGGCUGGCGGCAGUUUGCCCAAGCCCUGAUCGUCUCGUUGGCCUGGUUCUUCGAUGGACAACAGGCGUGCAUUAGCGACUACAGCGAUGCCGUAACCGCAUGCGACUCGGCCUCGAACGGGACCGCCUACAAUUCCAUCAUAACGGAGUGGGGCCUCGAGUGCGCAAGCUCCUUCGUCACGGGCCUCCCUACCUCGUGCUUCUACUUGGGCUGCCUGAUUGGCGGCUUCGCAUUCGCCACCCUCGCCGACUCCUCCCUCGGCCGAAAGAACCUGCUCGUCCUCUCGUGUUCGAUAAUGUCGUUGGCGGCCUUGGCCACCUCAUUCUCCCCCAACGUCUGGGUCUACUCGGCGUUGCGGCUUGUCAGUGGGUUCGGACGAGCGUCCAUCGGCACGAGUGCGCUGGUCCUGUCGACUGAGAUAGUCGGGAAAAAGUCGAGAGGACUCAUUGGGAUGAUUGGCUUGUUCUUCGGAACAUUAGGGUUAUUAUCUUUGCCCGCCAUAGCCUACCUCCUCAGGGAUGCUUCGUGGAGAUACCUCUACGUCUCGACCUCUGCACCCGCCAUCUUAUACUGCCUCCUCAUAUUCUUCUUCAUCCGCGAGUCUCCAAAAUGGCUCUUCAUGCAGGGCCGCGAUGAUGAGGCCACGGCCAUACUGAGAAAAUCGCACCGCCGACAAAGCAUGGCAGGCUGA